UAGCACCAAACAAAUCUGAAUUCACAUAAACGAACAGCAUGUUGCGAAUAGGAACUAUUUUGCUUUUUGUUAUCGCUUUUGCUGGUAGUGCAAAUGCUCAAUGCACCGCAACUUUCACGGCUGGAGAAAACUACUCUCCUGCUAUUACUACCCCGAAUUGGCCAAACAAUUAUCCCAAUAAUUUGGAAUGUGCAUGGAUUGUAAAAAGCAGCGUCCCCGGGCGCCAAGUACAGGUUCAAUUCUCCGCAGUUGCUACAGAGAGUUGCUGUGAUGUAGUUGAGAUUCGAGACGGCAGUACUUCUAGCGGUCAUAUAUUACACACUUUGCGGGGGAAUGUCUUGUCUACUUUCCUUAUCUCUUCUAACUUCGGUUCUCUUUACAUAACUUUCGUCAGUGACCAUUCAGUGACAGCAAAAGGAUUUCGAUUUCAGCAUAAACUAGUUCCACCCAGCAGCAGGAGUUGCGAUCGUUCCCUUACACCGGCUCGUUUUACUAGAUUUCUCGACUCGCCUAGCUGGCCACUAAACUACGCAAAUAACUUGCUUUGCACGUGGAUAUUAACUGUGCCACCUACACAAGUUAUACGUCUCGUUGUAUACAGAUACCAAAUCGAAGGAUGCUGUGAUUCUUUAGUGGUAUAUGACGGUACCACACAAGGAUCCACUUUGCUUCUUAUAGUUAGUGGUAACAGCACACGUUCAAUACGAAUGACCACCAAAACUUCCAAAGCUCUUGUACGUUUCCGAAGCGAUUCAACUGUGAACUUUGGAGGAUUUUUAAUGAGCUAUUCAGCAUUAACGAAACGACCAGGGAGACCUACAACAGCCCCACCCCCAACCGAAUGCGGGGGCACAUAUACCGCGCCUUUAAUCGGCCAUGAGAAUGUGACGUCUCCAAAUUUCCCCCGUGGUUAUGCCUCGGACCUCAAUUGCUUGUAUGUUUUCACGGCACCAACCGGAAGACAAGUCAAGCUGUGGUUCGGUUACGUUCACAUCGAAACCAACAGGGAUUUCAUCGUAGUGAGGAACGGAAACACGCUGACUUCGCCAAAACUUGCCAUAAUCACCGGAAUUCGGCAUACCCAAGUUUACCAAUAUGUAUCUACUGGUAACACCAUCAGUUUUCAAUUUACAAGCAACCAUAUUAUAAGAGGCAGAGGGUUCAGGGCUUACUAUGAAGUGGAAGGAGGAAAUCAAGUUACGUCAUCUUGCGGGGGAAGGUUGACGCCCACAAACACGCCCCGUUAUAUCACCAGUCAGAAUUGGGGGGUCGGACUUUAUCCCAGUAACUCUAAUUGCACAUGGGUGUUUAGUACAAAUCCUUCGAAAAAUAUUCGAGUGUGUCUCUUGUCUAUAAAUCUUGAAGGCCAUUAUGCUGAUUCUUUGAAGGUUUACAACGGGCCAAGUGCAUUAUUUCGAAGGCUGAUCUCAAUAACUGGAACCCAUUACUAUACCUUCUGCAUUAACGGACGAAGCGCUGUUACCAUGGUAUUACAAACCGAUAGCAGCAUUCAAAAUCUUGGGUUCAAAGCUAGUUACCAGCUUUAUACGCGCACUCCAUCAAGAGUAGGCUAGAAUGAAGUGUUUUAUAUUAACAUCAAUCACGAAGUCUGUUAUAUCAUCCUAUUGACUGUUUCAGAUUAUGGUAAUGUCUGUUUUCCAGUUUAAACGAUUUAUAUGAACUAAAGAACUCGUAUUAAUGUGACUGGAUGUUAAAAGUCUGCAUAAAUUAUGUACAUAAGCUAAAAGUCCGCUCAUCUGCUUUUGGUGGUGCUUGUUUUAAUGUAUAGUAGGGUGGGGGAAGAGUGGACACCUUUGGCACUAAAUAUCCAAAUAUUCUGAUCGUGUUUUAAACAAUUAACAACGGUCUAUGGGAGUCGUGACUCGUGAGGAUAUAGAUUUACAAUUAUUUAAAUGUUCUUUGCUUACUACCAAAUAGGACGUGAAAAUAGAAUAAAUAUAGGUGUCUCAUUUUUCUCCACCAUACUGUACGCACUUCGGCUUUGGGUAUAAUUGUCUAUGCCAGUAUAAAAAAAUAAACCUUUUAGGCCAACAACAUAUAAACUUGGACCAUCCUAUACAUUAGCAUUUUCUAUUCACUAAAAUUUUAAGAUCAUUAAAAAUACCAUUACAAAUAAUAAAGAAGAUUGAAUUGUA